AAGUGUUCGGGCCGGCCUGAUCAAGCUCUUAAUAUAAAAUUAAAACCUAAUGCGACUAACAGAAGAAGUGGUUUCGCCAGUGAAGAAAACUUCGUAAAUCUUACAAUAAAAAAGCGGUAGCGGAGAAUCAACGAAAAAUAGUUCUAGGGUAACUGUUUCAGAGAUUAUGGACUUGGCUGUUGGUUCAUCAACUCAUAAGAAGCAUAAGGCAAAAGAUGAUAUAAUCAGCCAUCUACCGGAAUCACUUAUAACUCACAUUCUCUCGUUUCUCCCCACAAAAGAUGCUGUUCGUACAUGUGUGUUGUCUAAAAGAUGGAUUGAAAAGUGGACAUUAAUCACCAAGGUGGAGUUAGACGAUAGUGUCUUCUAUUCUUCCAAGAAGAAGACAUCUGAGCGGAAAACACUCCAACAACAGUGCUUUAUAAACUUUGUCAAUAGAUUUCUUCUUCUUACCGGAACUCAUACUGUGGAAAGUUUUUCUCUUGCCAUUGCUAACAAUUAUGAUCUAUCUGUUCUAAAUACCUUGAUCACUUGCAUCUUGAAGAAAAGGGUUAAAAAACUUUCUAUCUCAUCGAGUGAAGAACUCCCCUUCUCUGCUCUUACAACUCACUACCUUUUCAAUCAUGCCACUUGUUUAGAAGAAUUGGUGCUCACGAGAACGUCGAGUUAUUCUGCAAUCGAAAUCCCUCUCUAUAAGAUUUCAGGUGUUUUUCUUUUUACAAGACUAAAACAGCUCGACCUGUGUGGAGUUAAAUUUACAUUUGACAAAUCUCAGCAUAUUAUUUUUCCAGUAUUGAACAAGUUUGAGACAUACAACUGCUCAUGGUUAAGUGCACAUGAUGUCACUUUUACUUUUGAACUAAAAGCACCUCUACUUGAAACUGUUUACAUAGGACAAUACUGGGUAAACCGUGAGUCACGUCGCUGCAAAAUCAAAUUUUCUGAUUCACAUUUGAAAGAAUUCACUUAUAGCAGUAAUGGUAUGUCACAAGCUAUUGUUCUGUCAGAUCCGUCUUCAGCUUGCAAUGCUACUCUUAGCAUCAUUUUGUAUCAUGUUAAUAGUGAUAAUGUUAGUAGUGAUAGCGUUCAAGAAACUGAAUCAUGUGUCUGUCUCCUUCUUAAACAAUUUAGUCAAGUGAAGAGGAUCAAAUUUGAGUUUCAGACACAACCAAAUGUGGCUAUUCUGUCUAAAUUUGCAAUGUUGAGCCAUUUGGAGCUUCGCGAUGUUAGUAUUGAAGUUUUGUUGGGCUUAAUUCAAAACUCUCCUGCUCUCAAUACUCUAUUUUUCAAGAGAAUAUUGGAAUUCAACCAUGAGCUUCUUAACUCUGCUGCUGUGCCAAAUUGUUUGACAUCCACUCUCAAAGUUGUGAAAUUUGGAGAUGUGCAAGGAGACGAGCAUGAGCUUUUAUUAGCUAAAUAUUUAAUGGAAAAUGGUACAGUGCUUGAGAGGAUGAGUUUCUCCUUUGAUGAAUACUUGGGUGAGCCAAAGGUCAUUGAAGAAUUUAAGGAGAAGCUGUACUCAUUUAAGAAAGGAAUCUCUUUUGCCAUACUUGAAUUUUCAAAUGAUUAUUACUAGUUUGUAGAAACAAGUGGUUCACGAUGUUUCUUUUGCUUGUUGUAUAUAUAAUGCUAAGGUGUUUACAAUAUGUUUCUUUUGGAUACUGCAUAAGAUGUUUCCUGCAAGUAAUUGUCUACAAAUGGUGGUGACUGUAUUUUGGUUCCAAGAU